GAGCUCCUGGAACUACAUCCAGUUCUUCUUCGUGUAGUGCGAAAGGUGCGGCUCCAGCGGUCGCAUCUUCCAGUAAAUCUUCCACCGCCGCGGCGGCUGCGGCCGGGAGACUGCUCGGUACUGCUGGCAGGCCCGCCUCAGGCGGACGCGGAGGGAGCAAUGCAAACGCGAAUGAUCAUCCUGGAGCGAAUCAUGCGAAUACUAGAUCCGCAUCUUCAAAAUCUUCAGAUCCCGUGUCAGCGCAGACGAAAAGGAACAGUGCCGAGGGUGCGUGUGCGAAGAACAGCACUACAAAUACUUCUUCUACUGAUAGCCCGAAUAGCACAUCUCGUAAGAAGGCGAGCAAACUGUCAGAUUGCCAGGCCGCGGAGGCACAGAACCGGCACCAGCCGGCAUCUUCUGAAAGAACAAAUGACCGGGCGGCGCCGGCUGAACACGACAACAUGAAGGAGAAGAUAGACAUCAGCGAUGGUCCCAUGCACAGGCAGCUCUCAGGAGGUCCUCGCGGGGAGGGCUCAAGUUGGAUGCAAGGGAGAGCUCGGCCACCUGUAUCAAAUGUAAAAGUGUCUGGGUCUGGAGGAAGGUUGGAACUUGUGAUGCUGUCUCUGGAUUCUAAAAAAAUUUGUAUUGCAUGACCAGCAAGAGGACUCCAUUUUGUGCUACGCGGAAAGGGCAUUUGUCAUGCGGAAUAGGCAUGAGGAACAAGCGCUCUAACAAUCUGUGAUGCUAGGCCAUGCAUUCCAGGCAUUAUGGAUCAUGCAAAAUAUGCAUGACCGAUCUUGAUAUCUCCCAGACCCAGACAUUUUUACAGUUGAUAACCUGCGAGAAGUAACCACACGCGGUUCCAUACCGAGCCUGGAAGGGCGGCCGCCCACAGUCCGAACGAGCUCGAGGAGCUGCAGGGAGAAGGAGACGUACAACCACAGAUGGUUCCUACUUCAGCGUUAAGUCCCAAGAUGAACCCGCUCGAAGAAGACGAACCUUCGAUAUCCGAGCUGGUAAUCGCGGGUGGCAAUCUCGACGGGCCAACGGGAAGUGGGACGUCGAUAAAAAAUAACCCGGACAGUCGUCACCAGCAUUACCACAAAUCUUCUGACGCACACAAUCUGCUGCUGGGUGCCUUGAAGCAAUAUAAAACUUUGCACCGUGCAGGAGCAGGAACAUCAAGCAAGCCGCAAAGCUUCGAUCUACAAGCCACCUCCAGUAGUGCUGCUGCCGGCGGAUCGUCGUAUUAUUGCAGUGAAGCUGCUGAUGCUGAUGUGGUCGAUCCGCAGGAGCAGAAGGCACAGAUUAAACAGGAGCUGCCUCCUAUUAAACAGGACGAUGACAUUGAUGUUCUGCUUCGUGGCCCUGCCGAUCCUGGAGCUGCUGCAGCUCCUGGUACUACGAGCAGUAAAGGCGUUGUUGAGGCGGAACUACUACAAGACCUAGGACUUCUACAAAACAGCCCAGGCCUGUCGAGCCCCCAGAGCAGCAAGCCGCGUGUUGAGUCCGACGAGUUGAUUCAGCAGCUAGCGGAUUUGGGAAUUUCCGACGACAGAGACAAAGUCGGAGGUGGAGGUCCGCAGGCAGCUGCAACUACUGCUGCGCUAUUGGAACAAACCUCCAAGAACGCCAUCAAGUCCAACAGAGGUAGCCCGAAAGACGACCCGGAGGUGGAAGCACUGAGCAGGGAGUUCCAGGAAAUCCUGCUUGAUCCUGGUGCACCUACUUCUCUACAACAGCCUGCACUACCCAUCACGUCGAAUAGCACCGCUACUACCGAAGACGAACAUGCCACACUGACUCGUCAGAUGAACGCAUUGCCGAGCGUCGUAUUGAAACGGAAAAAACGAGCGGCCACCUCCGCCGCAGCGGGGGGCCGAGGUUCUUGUGGGGAAGCUGCAAGUAGCCCAGGAGCAGCUUCGCCCGGUGGUGGUGACAUAAAGUCGAUUCAAGGCAGUUCCCCCGGAAGAAGUUUUGCUGGUUCACCGAAGAAGUCCGCCGAGGAGCAUCCAGGAGGUAGUUCUUCUUCAAGUCGUGGAUUGCUGAAAAAGAACUCUAAGAAGUCGACAUCUCCAAAUAACCUGGAGCAGCACGAACUGGAGAACAAGGUCCCUCUCCACGUGCAGCUCGGUGCCCGACUGGAAAUAUUACAGAAGCAGAAGGAACAAGCGUCUACUGCGGAAGAGGAUUUUUUCGACGUCAACGAAGCAGGUCGUGCAGCGGGGGCACCGGUCGUGGGAGCGUCAUCUUCUGGUGCAGCGCAGACGAACAAAAGAGGUACUACAACAGCAACUUCCAGUGCAAGUGUAACAUCUCCUGCAGCAAGCGCCGCUGCCUCGCCCCACUUCGGCCCAAGCAAUUCUUCUUUCAUCCCGGAUGACGGCUUACUACCGAGGCGCCAGCUUUCCGAGCAGGUGCGACCUACGGAGAAUUUAUCUUCGGCGGCCGACACAAGCACAACCGCAACCUCAAGCAGUUGUGAGGGCAGGAAGAAAACUCGCCGCCACAGUGACAGCAAACUUGCGAACGCAGGGGACAAGCUGCGGCUAGAACAACAAAUUGUGGCUGCAGCGGGCGGUGGUCGUGCUGGUGGUGAACAACAGCAGGAGAAGAUCAUGAAACAUAAUCACAAGCACAACUCAUCGUCGACUUCCAAACACGGCGGUAGAAGUGCUGGACAGAUGGUCGAGAAGAUGAAUUGUGGACCACAAAUAAAAGCUGUAGUACCAGCGGCAGAGGACGUGUAUUCCGAGCGAUUGAACGACACCCGCGCGUUACCGCGAUCAUAUAACCAUGGCCCCGCUGGUGCUAGUCACCACCAAAAGCGACAUCAUCAUGACGCGAGCUUGGUGACCGGAUCGAUUACUGAGUUAAACCACGGUGGUGCGAAGGCAGGCUCUUUUCAGCAUAGUAAAGAAAGCGACAGUCGGGGCUCGUCCUACAAAUCCAAACAGCGAACGAGGCAACCGCAACAUGAUGUCGUGCAGGAAGUAGAUCGUGCGCCAGCGUUCACGUCAGAAACAGGUGCUUGGCCACAACAGCACGACGUCGGCCCGCAAGAGAGUAGACAUCUUUCGCCAAAAAGUACUGCGCCCAAGAACAAAUCUUCAUCUCCUUGGCAAGAACCGCGUGGAUCUCCUCCUCUGCAACAGCAUCAACAUUCUGCCUUGAAACAAAAGGAAAAGGACAGCAGCGCUGCAAAAGAGGCUUCCUCCACGAAGCAAGUGAUGACAUUGCAGCAGUUACAGGACCAGGAUCUGGAAAUCAAUGGAGAAAGGAAGAGCAGCAACGAACGCGACCGUCGUGAUGAGCAAGAACCUCCUGCCAAAAAUCGGGUCCAGAAAAAAGUCCCUGAAGACCACGCACCUACCCGGUCCCCAGAGCAGCAGCACCAGGCCGGGUCUCAACUCUCUCUGGCCUCUAUGAGAGUGCACAGCCCCCCCCUCUCCCUCAUUUGUCAUGUAAAACCCCGAAUGCAAGUACUGCUGCUGCUUUGUGGCACUCUCUGCAUGACAGAUUCCGGAAGCCCAAACAGUACUACGCUAGGCGCGUGAAUUCGCCAGAGCUGCACAGGCUCCACGCGUGCUGGUGUUUGUAUUGCUAUUGCUGCUUAUGCCAUACAAAUCUAUGAGGGGGAGGUGGAGUUGUGCACUCUCAUAUCCUCCGGCUCCGCCGCAGAUAGCGAAUUACUCGACCGACUUCUGGGGUUUAAGAAGACGGAGAUGGAGCGGCAAGCGGCAAAAGAAAAACUGAGGAGACUGCUCAGGGAGGAGAUAUCAAAUGCAAAUAAAGUAUGUCUGGGUCUGGAUGAAACUUGUGAUGCUAAAGUAUCAUGGAGAAGACUGGCGCUCUGAAGUGAAGCCAACAGCAUGACAAGUCUAUAACUUGAUGACGCCGUCUGAUAUGCUUAGCACGGAUGACAUCAAACUGCGUUUUUUCAUGACGAAAAAGUGGCGCCUUUCUUGCGGGCUGCGCAGUACAAAUUUCUAGGAAUUCGAAACAUACAACACACGACGUUCCACUUUUCCAGACCCAGACACACUUGCAACGCAUAGGAGAAGGAGGCUAGCAAAAAUGCUCAUACAGGAGGUGGAGAGGCGAGAAGUCGGGGAUCGUCUUCUGCAGCACCAGCAGGAGCUGGUGGAGGUGCACCACCAGCUUCUACAACUUCAUCGAAAAGUAAAAGGAGCCAAAAUUCUUAUCCAGUCUAUGAAUCCUCCUCUAGCGAGGACGAGAGCUUCCACAGCGGAGGUAGUCUUGAACACCAUCAAGAGGACAACAUCACUGACGGGGAAAAUCACGGAGGUUCUUCUUAUGCCGACGAGGAUCACGACCAAGAUGACGCAUCGUCUUCCCUAGCGGGGUCAUCCGAAAUGAGUGGAGAGGAUAAUGAUGAUUCCGACUACUCUGGCCAGUCUUUAUGAUCCAGGAAAAAACUUCUACACCCAUCUUCCCCAUGAUCCCAUGUGCUGUCAUGCAAAAAAUACUUACAUCAAAAGCAGUGUUUGUCAUGCAAAAAAUGGAUCAGCAUCAGGCUGGGUGUUAUAUUUUUCUGGAUACUCUUUACCCCUGUCGUAUUUGUCCGACGCGCGGGCCUCGGACACGGGGUCGAUGUCAUCCGGAAUUGAUGAAAUGUUGUAUCGCACAUAACGUGAGCAGGAGGUUAAGUACUGGAGAUAAAGUACUAUCGACAUGGUGAGCAUUUUCAUCUACUAUCAUGAGCAGGAGACGACCAGGACUACGAGGUAUAAUCCGUAUAAUUUUUUCAAAACUAGCAACACGACAAGAAAAAGAAAAACAAUCUUAGACGAGACAGACUCAAUAUCAAUCUACGAUUCGUGAAAACGAAAAGCACUGACUCCGACCAUUGUUUUUACGUGGAUCUUCUAUGUUGUGGUAGACUAUACAACUACACAACAUUCUUGAAUGUGUAUUUUUUUUUCGCGACAAGCAUGAAGAUAGAUUGAAGUACAACCCGCCGGAAGAUGUAGUUUUUUUUUUAUUUUAUUACUCUAGCGAAGGAGCAAGGGCAACGGCAAACACAUCAAGCCGCGGCCCCCCUUUGGUUGCAAAGCCGGGCUGUAACAGGUCUUCAAGCGUGUGAGCUAGGGUGACAGUUUUUUAAGCGUGUGAGCUAGAGCUUCUCCUUGUGACGAGCUGAGAUGCGUCAAUUUGUGUGUGCUGGCGUACGAACAACACCGCAAUAAAAGUUGUCUAGAUUAAUAACAAACCCUGCAGCUACAACUGCUCUUUUUGUGUAGGUCGUCCGCAGGAGAGCCCCGUGAAUAAACGCAAAAUGAAAAUAUUUCCAACUCGAAGCAGGAAACAAAGUCAAAGAUGCAGAAGAUGAAGAAGACAACGUUGUGCCACACAUUAUAGUUGUAGAGCUACUUUUUUUAUUUCGCUCGUCUGGUACUAUCUCGUAAAAAAAAAAUAAACAUCACUGCCUUUGGCUCUCAUCAUCGUUCUAUCAAAGAACCAGAGCUGCACCUGUAAUAUCUAUGCCUAUGUACAGUACUUUGAUACCAAGAAUCAGUUCGCUGUGCGCCGUUCCUGAAGAAAGUAUAAUAGAGCUGACAUCACCAAGGUGCACCAGAUGAUGUGACUCAUUGUCGACAACAUGAACAUUCUUAUUUCUCGUUCACCCGAGGAGCAGGAGAAUCAAUAAGAAAGCUGCGACAGUCAGAUACAUCUUCAUGCCUCAUCAAAUUGUGAUGGUUUUUCGUUUCAAUAUAUUCAUCUCUUUGUUUCAUAAUUCAAGACCAAUGUCAGUCCUAGAAUACUUCUAGCUCCUAGUAAGGUUGACAUGGACCACCCCCAGAGCUUUCGUUUAUCAUCCUACGAACAAAAACGGCGUCAACGUUAACGUUUCUUCUUCAGCUUAUUUCCUUUUCUUGCUUUGAAUUGAGAUUGUUAAUGAUGUUGUGUCGUUGUCUCUUCCUCUUGUCUUCGUGUAGUUGUAAGAUUUUUGAAUCUGCUUCUGCGAAACGCAAAGAAAUCAAGAUGUUGAAAAAAAAGCGUUUAACAUAAAGACCCAACUCGAAAGAGCGUCUUUUAAUCUAUUUCUACUAUGCGAAGUAGCCCUUGCAUACAAAAGACCUCGCCACCAAGAUAGCUCAUCUGGCAGCUCAACAACAACAAAUGUAAUAUCGGCAGCAAGAGAGCGUUGUUAUAUUUUUUUUUUUUGCAAAUGGUGGCGGCGUCGUCGUUUCUACUGAGUGUCGGAUGUAGUUGUAAUCAGCUUACCGUGAGGCAACUUGCGAUGAAUCGUUCGACUAUCCUCCAUUAUUUUCUUUGCUGCUAUUUUUGG